ACUGAUGGUGUUGUUUAUGUUAUGAGUUUUGUUUUUAAAAUGUUUAGUUCUGGAUAUUGAUCAGGACAUUUCAAUAUUUCAGUUAUUCGUUAAUAUCAGGCUGAGUGCGGUAUUAUUAAACUUAAAACUUUUAUAGUUUGGAAUUAUUGUUAUUGGCUUGACAUCUGAACAAUGGAAAUAGAAAUUGAUUUAGAUCAAUUAGAAAAAGAGAGAGCUGACAAAUAUUUUACACAUAUUAUUGAAAUGUUUCCUGAUGUUGAAAUUUCCUUUCUUGAAUCAAAAUGUAUUGAGUAUGCCUUUGAUCAAGAGGGUUUCAAUACUUUUCUUGAAGAAACAAUGCUUCAAAACAAAUAUCCUAAGCAACAAGCAUCAACUUCAAAACCUAAUGAAGAAAUCAAUGAUGAUUAUAAUUUUACUGUAGAAUCUUUUGUUGACAAAUUUCCAUACCCUGAAAAAUAUUUUCUGCAAGCUGAUAGUGGCUCCAAAUAUAUUACACAUUCAUUAUCUUUUCUUCAAGAUAGGUUCAGGUUCUGUUCAGCCACUACAAUCAGGUUAAUUCUUAGAAGAUAUAAGUUUAAUUUAUACCGUACUUAUAAAGAGUUACAAAAGUUAGCCCAAUCAAGAAAAACUCCAAGGCGCCAAAGUGAAAUUGUUUCAGGAAUUGGAAAACCACCUCGUGAAUUCUUUGAUGAGGUAAAUUUUAUAAUAAAUGAAAAUAUAAUUUUGGAGUAUCUGAAGGAUAAGGUGUUGGCGCGGGAGGCAGCUGUAGAAGAGGCAAGAAAGGCUGGUGCUCUGCUCACUUGUGGCUGCUGUUUCUCUGAUGACCUGUUGACCGAGGAUAUUGUUACUUGCUCAGAAGGCCAUCUUUUCUGCAGAGAUUGUGUGACAAAGAGCACUGAAGUACUAAUGGGUGAAGGCAAGCUCGAUUUUCCUUGUUUAGAAGACUGUGGAGCAUUUUUCCAUGUUGAAACAUUAAAGGAUGUAAUGCCAAAAGGGAGUUAUGAAAAACUGCUCAAAAAACUCCAAGAGAGAGAGAUAGCCCAAGCAGGUAUCCUUGACCUUGAAAGUUGUCCAUUUUGUGAGUACAGUGUUAUUCCUGAUCAAGCUAGUCGGAUUUUUGAAUGCCUCAGCUGUAAAAGAUCUUCUUGCAGGUUGUGCCAAAAAGAAAGCCAUAUUCCUUACAGUUGUAAGGAAGUUAAUGAUGAUAUGACCAAAAGUCGUACAUAUGUGGAAGAAAAAAUGACAGAAGCCCUGAUCAGAAAUUGCUAUCAAUGUGGUUCCAAGUUUAUUAGGGAUGAUGGAUGUAACAAAAUGACAUGCCAUUGCGGAGCCAAGAUGUGCUAUAUCUGUCGCAAACCUAUUACUGGAUACAAUCAUUUCAGUGAUGAUCGAAAUCAACGCAACAGUGGAAAGUGCCCAUUAUGGACCAACAACAAUAACCUUCAUAAAGUUGAAGUUAAUUUAGAAGCAGAGAAAGCAAUUGAAGAAAUCAAAAGGAAGAAUCCAGAAUUUAACAUAGAGGUUUAUAAAAAAUUGAGAAAAUAAAUCAAAAACAAUCUCAAGUAAUAUUAUAUGUGAUAAAUCAAUUGGAUAAAUUAUAGUUUCAAACUUACCAUUCUGAUUGAUUAUUAUUGUGAUUUUUAAAAAAGAUAUUGUUUAUGAUGCUCAUUAAUUUUCAUUGUAUAGAUUUCCUGAAUAUUCUAGGGAGUUAUGAGUAGGCAUAAUAAUAGUAACUUAAUGUGAUAGGUAAUAUAAUUGUUUUCUUUGUUAGAAGUGUUUAUCUUUUAUUUUAUUUUUUACUUUAUCCAGUAUAAAUCUGUGGUAAUCAAUUCGAAUAAAAUUAUUUUAAAACUCAAAUUGGAUUUAUGAGUGGUGAUAAAGUUGUAGUUUUAAUUAUAAUAGGAGCUUAAUCUUAUUAUUACCUUUACUGUCUUUACUCAAUCAAGAUUUAAAAUGUGCACAUUAAAUCAAAU